AUGGAGGCAAGGAUAUCAGUCCUCAUUUUAGCUACCACAACGAUAGUGAACUGCUUACCACCCCCUCAUCCUGAAGUGGUGGCCGUCCGACAAGCAGAAGCACUCCUACCACCUCACUUAAAAAGUCCAGCCCUCCGCAAUCCACACCUCUUACACACUUUGGAGUUAACUAGUCUUCUUCACAGUGGAGAAAAGCUGGUAUACGACCGGGAAGCUGAUCACGUACCUCGAAGAGAGAUCUACGACAUCUUGACCCAUGCCGGCUUUAUCGGACGCAAGAAACAUAUCAACCAAUCGCCACCUAAACACUUGAAUCACGCUAAAACUUAUCAUCAAAGCUACGACUCGUCUUUUAUAUUCGAUUCUGAUAUAGCUCAAUAUUUAUAGUAUGAAAUUAUAUUACUAUAAGUCACUAUUGUAAAUAUUGCAUGUAGUGUAUAAUAAUGAAUAGAUAACAGUAUUUAGGUAUAACAUACAGACACACCAUACCAUACCAUAUAUACAUACCAUAUAUCAC